AGAGACAGAGAGAGAGAAGUUAGUGGGGAAGUUUAUUGUACACUGAGUAAAGAGUGGAGUGAGAGGGCCUUUAUAAAGACCAAGGGAAGCUAAGGUCUGGUUCAUUCGCUAUAGCUAAUGCUGAGAUCUUUGUUAGCGAAACUUUCAGAUAUGCCGACUGUAAUACCACAGCCUGCUGAAGAAAUGAAAUCGAUGUGUGUCGAUGGAGUUACGGAAGGAGCCGGAAAACUGAACACACCACCACCAAACAAGAAAGCUGUUCAAAAUGCUGUUCAAAAUGAAAAAGACAUCGAUGAAGGAAAUCAAUUUGUAGAUAUGCCACCAAAGCAGACAGAGGAAAUGAGUAAUGACGAUAAAGAAGUUCGUUGUUUGAUUCCUACGGAAAAACUCGAAGAAGGCGACCCUAAACAACCAAUGAAAACUAAACCCCGGUGGCGUCGAAAAAUUCGCCUUAUUUUGUGUUUCAUUUCGAUUGUGCUGGGGAUCAUCAUUGCUACUGCCCUGUCAAUCAUUGCUAUUUACCUAAAUCAGAUGCAUCGGCACCUACCACAUGUGAAACCAUCUCCUGUGAAUUUUCACCAUGCCUUCUUUCACUUGAAAACUGGAGGUUACGAAAAGAUGGAGAAACCGACUAAUCUACAGUGGCUGAAUGACAACAGCCAGAAUGUUGGUGACAUUAAACUGGUUGAUGGAUGUUACUUCCAUAUACCCCAAGAUGGUCUUUACCAAAUAAACUUUGCAAUCCAGUUGAAUAUUCCGAAAGAUACUCCUGCAUCAGUUGUAACCUUGAUGUUAAAGAGAAAGAAUAACGAAAAAGAUUAUGUGUUCAUGAAGAAAAGUUCAAGCUCCUUAACCAUACCGGAACAUGAUGUGAUUCAGUCGUCAUUUAGAUACAAACUUAAAGCCGAUGAAAAAGUCUUUGUGAUGAUGAACAUGGCAAAAUUCAUCAGUCGCAAUAAUUUCUCCAGCUAUUUGUAUAUCAGCAGAUUAAACAUAAACAAUCAUCACUAAAACGUUAGAGCUGUGCUUCUUCUGUGAACAUUUUCAUUUGAUUUAUAUCAGCUUCCUUGUAUUUAUCUAGCACAAAAUGCAAAACAGAUAUUGAUGUAAACAGCCAUGCAUACCAUUUGUGCACACUAGUCCUCACACACAGA